CCUUAAUUCAAGGUUUUUAUUGCUUUCAAAUUCUACCAUCUGCUGUGGCGGGAUUUGAACCAGAGACUGUUCCUCAUUCAGGGACUAGAUCCCUUAUAGAUGUUUCUUCCCCAGAAAUAUGCUUAAUUCAGAAGACUUGUAAACAGAAACUUUUUGACUUGUACGUUACAGGAUUUGCAAGAAAAUUCAAGAUGUCCCAACACAGCAUGUUCUGUUCGAUACGAGUAUAAGAGUUUUACUGUUUACAAUAUGACAUUCCAUGUCAGGGUUGCAAUGCAUUCUCAGGACAGUGGCUAAAAAGGCCUGAAUAUUAUCCAAGCUCAUCUGCAGGUGCAGGAUGUGACCCAACAAAACUAACCUUUUUAACGUGACUUAUUACCCAGGUACCAGACAAAACAAGGUCUGAUCUCUAGCUCCCAGUUGGUGUAGUACCAUAGAAACCUAUUUAAUUAAGGGUGGACGUUUUGUGGCAAAAUUGAUGGUGAGUCGCAGGAUCUGAUUAAAGUCUGUGAGAGGCCAUGACGCAAGUGUUUUUUUCUUAAACUUCCUGUUCAGUCCGGGCUGCUCGGACGAUUCAAAACAGAUUGUUCUACGGAUAACAAGAGACUGCAACGUCUUGCUUUCAUGCUAUGUGUUCUACAAAGCGAAGUGCCCACUUAAAUACACUGAGGAGUGCAGCACUCCGCACAAUGUGUGUGCCUUUGUGCAUGCGGCUUAUUGAAGUAGGGGGAGGCUGCUUUUAAGCUAGCUGUGCCAUUCAUAUCCUCACUCCAUUUGCUUGUUGUGGUUCAGUCACCACUCCGAUACCCCUCCUCUACCAAAAAUCUAUCAUUCCCAGUUUGAACUGGCUCUCCUUCCCCAGACUCACCAGUUUUGGGAGGAGAGCCAAUUCCUCCAUGUUUCCAUGACCCUAUAAUUCCUUACAACCCUCCUGAACAAUUUUUAGUUUUAAUGUUGAUUUUUCUCUAUCUUUUCUACCCUCCUUCGCUCCAAUUGAGCAUCUCCGUUAAAUCACUCCUUAACCAUACUGCAGGGAAUACAAGCUUAGUCUGUGCAAUUUGCCCUGUUUUUCAUUGAUGGGAUAUCUUUCUCUUGUUGGCUGAGUUCCCGCUGGGAGUCCCUUCAGUAUGGUGCCUGUGCAGUUCGUAAGGUGAUGGUGUACUAUCUCCGCUGUGGUGGAAUGUGGCUGGUUAAAGACGACUACAGAAUCAUAGUGUUCCAGCACCAAAGGAAGCCAUUCAGCCCCUCAAGCCUGCACCAACUCGUUGAAUGACCAUCCUUACUCAGUGCCAAUCUCCUGCUUUUACCCCGAACCCUUUCACACUAUAUUCAUCUGUAUUAACCAUCUGGUGCCCUCGGUUGAUCCUGCCUCCACCACGUUUCCAGGCAGUGCAUUACUCCUCGCUGAGUGGAAAAAUGUUCUCCUCACCUCACUCUCUUGUUUCAUUUGCAGAUCACUUUAAAUCAGCGGCCCCUCGUUCUUGCUCCGUUUAUGAAAGCAGGAGCAGUUUCUCCCUAUUUGCAGCACUGCCGUACGUUCUAGAUGGACUUGAUGACUUUGUUUGAGCCUCAUUUGGUGCGAUUUCUUUUCCUCCACCUCACUGCUGUAGAGACGGGCAGCCAUCUUGGAUCUCGCUCAGCGGAGUGAAGCUGCGCUGUUCAAACCAAGGUGCUCUCUUUGGAAUAGUUUCCUUGAGUUGGCAGCCACGCGCCAACCAAGAGUCUCGAGACAGCGAUCAGGAACAGGCUCGAACCUGGUUUCCGUUGACCCAGUGGGCGUUGAAAUCUGUCGUUGCGAGUCGACGUUGGACAACACAGCGCCGGUCACUGAAGUUGGGGGGGCGGGGGUUGCGGAGGGAGUCUUCACAAAUAGCGAACCAGUAAGACCCGAGUCGGAAUCUUUCCUGGAAACCAGUUUGUACGGUUUUCAGGUGGGAUUGGAUUGAUGUAACCAGUAAUUGGUGCAAGGACUGACUUAAACAGACUCUCCACUCUCCCGGGCUGAGUGAGGUGCCCGGGGUUGAUGUGGCUUUGGCGGUUAAGUUAUACAGCCUGACUACCAGUAGUGAAAUAGUGAAGAAAUUCUGAGAAAGCCAGCAGUUGGAAUGUUGUGGUCACAGCUGGCUGUGCUGAUUAGGAUGCCUGCUGUUUUUCUUUGUGGCGGAGGAGCUGAAACUCCCUUUGGGGGUUUCGAUUCAAUAGUGUGGAAGGGAUUAACCGAGAACCAGCGAAGAUUAGCUGUUGGACAGCGAAUUCUCAGGCCAGUUCUGCUCGUAGUUGGAUGGGAGGCAAACGAGAGUGCGAAAGCACCUCAUCAACGGAGAGAAGACCCGUUCCACGAUGCCUGGGUCACCAGUGGACGUGAAGGUUCAAUCCCGAGCCACCCCACCGACCAUGCCACCACCACCUCCGUCUGGGAACCAAGGGGGCACUCGGCCGACCUCCUUCACCCCGACAUCACUGCCGAAUGGUGUUGACCACUCCCCGCCUGCCCUCAAUGGUGUGCCAUCGCCACCUCAACGGUUCAACAAUGGUCCAUCGUCCUCCCUUGCCAGCCAGCAGCUCCCUGCUACCUGUGGUGCCCGUCAGCUCAGCAAACUGAAGCGCUUCCUCACCACCCUGCAGCAGUUCGGCAAUGACAUCUCGCCGGAGAUCGGGGAACGCGUCCGCAGCCUUGUCCUGGCGCUGGUGAACUCAACCGUGACCAUUGAAGAGUUUCAUUCCAAGCUGCAAGAGGCAACAAACUUCCCACUGCGCCCCUUUGUAAUUCCAUUCUUAAAGGCCAACCUGCCACUGCUGCAGCGGGAACUACUGCACUGUGCCCGCUCCGCCAAACAAACGCCAGCUCAGUACCUGGCUCAGCAUGAGCACUUGGUGCUGAAUGCCAACGCCACAUCCCCUGUCAACUCAACGGACCUUCUGGAGGUCAACGAGAACGGCAAGAGGAGCAGCCCAGAAAGGAAUAAAGAGAACGGCUUUGACCGAGACCCUCCAGCGAAGCGGGUGUGCACAAUCAGCCCUGCCCAGCGGCACAGCCCAAACAUUGGCAUACCUCACCCCCCCAACGGGCAACUGCACCCAACCCCUCCCCCACUCCAGCACUACAGCCUGGACGAUGUGGCCAUUAACCACCUGUACAGAGACCCACAGAGACUUCCGGAAUACAGAGAGCGACAUAGGCAUCACGGAGGAUCCCGUGCAGUGUAUCAGGAAGAGAUGAUUGAUCACCGACUGACUGACCGUGAGUGGGCUGAGGAAUGGAAACAUUUGGAUCAUCUCCUGAAUUGCAUCAUGGACAUGGUGGAGAAGACUCGUCGCUCAUUGGCUGUUCUUUGCCGUUGCCAAGAAGCUGACCGGGAGGAGCUGAACUACUGGAUGAGGCGUUACAACGACACGGAGGAGGUGCGGAAGGGUGGCAGUGCUCACCUCCGACAGCUCAGCCCUGGGAACACGGACCCCAUUCAAACUGAGCUUCACCGAGAGAUCAGUCACAGACCAUCAGCGGGUUACGUGCCAGAUGAGAUCUGGAAAAAGGCGGACAGUUGUAAUGGAGGAAACAUGAUGAACAAUUUGAGCACAUUGUCCUGUGAAGUACCCUGGGACGGCUGCACGACCUUAAAGGCUCCAGGCAAAUGCAAGUUUUUGUUGGCAGAAUGCCGAGCUGGUGGGGCUCUAUGUCAAGGGGAGAAGUUUGACCAGCACCGAGACGCGAAAGUCGUCCAGAGCAGAAAGGACUACACCUCUGGUCCUCUGUACAACCCAACCCCGAAUCAACAGCGCAAAAGCAAGGGGCUCUCGAAAUGGGUUCAAACUACAUUGGAGAUGAGUAGACGAGGAGAAAGUCCACCAGUCUCGGUUAUCAGCAUUUUGAAUGUUACGCUUGAAAAGCUGGUGGAAGACGAUGCUAUAAAUAGUGCUCUGUGGGAGUUGGACGGUGCUGAGGAUGUGGAACGUCAGGAUUAUGGAUGGAAAGUGCAGAUGUGGGACUAA